AUGUCUAUAAUAGACACCUUUAUUUAUUUAUCUAUAUCUAUAAUAAGUACCUUAUCUAUAUCUAAAAUAGACACCUUUAUUUAUUUAUCUAUAUCUAUAAUAGGUACCUCAUCUAUAUCUAUAAUGGACACCAUUAUUUAUUUAUCUAUAUCUAUAAUAGGCACCUUAUCUAUAUCUAUAAUAGACAACUUUAUUUAUUUACCUAUAUCUAUAAUAGGCACCUUUAUUUAUUUAUCUAUAUCUAUAAGAGGCACCUUUAUUCAUUUAUCUAUAUGUAUAAUAGGCACCUUAUCUAUAUCUAUAAUAGGCACCUUAUCUAUAUCUAUAAUAGGCACCUUUAUUUAUUUAUCUUUAUCUAUAAUAGGCACCUUAUCUAUAUCUAUAAUAGGCACCUUUAUUUAUUUAUCUAUAUCUAUAAUAGGCACCUUUAUUUAUUUAUCUAUAUCUAUAAUAGGUACAUCAUCUAUAUCUAAAAUAGGCACCAUUAUUUAUUUAUCUAUAUCUAUAAUAGGCACUUUAUCUAUAUCUAUAAUAGGCACCUUAUCUAUAUCUAUAAUAGGCACCUUUAUUUAUUUAUCCAUAUCUAUAUUAGUAACCUUAUCUAUAUCUAUAAUAGGCACCUUUAUUUAUUUAUCUAUAUCUAUAAUAGGCACCUUAUCUAUAUCUAUAUUAGACACCUUUAUUUAUUUAUCCAUAUCUAUAAUAGGAACCAUAUCUAUGUCUAUAAUAGGUACCUUUAUUUAUUUAUCUAUAUCUAUAAUAGGCACCUGUAUUUAUUUAUCUAUAUCUAUAAUAGGUACCUUAUCUAUAUCUAUAAUAGGCACCUUUAUUUAUUUAUUUAUCUAUAUCUAUAAUAGGCACCUUAUCUAUAUCUAUAAUAGGCACCUUUAUUUAUUUAUCUAUAUGUAUAAUAGGCACCUUAUCUAUAUCUAUAAUAGACUCCUUUAUUUAUUUAUCCAUAUCUAUAAUAGGCACCUUUAUUUAUUUAUCUAUAUCUAUAAUAGGUACCUUAUCUAUAUCUAUAAUAGGCACCUUUAUUUAUUUACCUAUAUCUAUAAUAGGCACCUUAUCUAUAUCUAUAAUAGGCACCUUUAUUUAUUUAUCCAUAUCUAUAUUAGUAACCUUAUCUAUAUCUAUAAUAGGCACCUUUAUUUAUUUAUCUAUAUCUAUAAUAGGCACCUUAUCUAUAUCUAUAAUAGGCACCUUUAUUUAUUUAUCUAUAUCUAUAAUAGGCACCUUAUCUAUAUCUAUAAUAGGCACCUUUAUUUAUUUAUCUAUAUCUAUAAUAGGCACUUUUAUUUAUUUAUCCAUAUCUAUAAUAGUAACCUUAUCUAUAUCUAUAAUAGGCACCUUUAUUUAUUUAUCUAUAUCUAUAAUAGGCACCUUAUCUAUAUCUAUAAUAGACCCCUUUAUUCAUUUAUCCAUAUCUAUAAUAGGAACCUUAUAUAUAUCUAUAAUAGGCACCUUUAUUUAUUUAUUUAUCUAUAUCUAUAA